AUCCGGCCCGGGCCUCGCCCUCCUGCAGCCGCGGCCGCACUCUUCUGCCCGCAGCUCUCCCUGGCCUGCGGGCACCUCGGGCCGGCCCUCCCGCGCAGGCCCGGCCGGGAGCAUGUUCCCCCGCCCGCUGAGCCCGCGGGCGCCCCCGACGGGAACUGAGCCCCAGUGCCGGGCGCUGCGACGGGCUCCGGUGGGCCGGGCCCGGGCCGGGCCGGGAGCGCCGCCGCUACUGCUGCCGUCCAUGCUGAUGUUCGCGGUGAUAGUGGCCUCCAGCGGGCUGCUGCUCAUGAUCGAGCGCGGCAUCCUGGCCGACAUGAAGCCGCCCCCGCUGCAGCCGGCCAGCCGCGAGGGCGCGGGAGGUCGCGGAGCCGGCUCGGGGGCGCUGACCCUGGACGCCGGGGACCCGGACGAGCAGGUCAGGCGGGAUGUCCGCAACCGGACCUUGCGUGCGGUGUGCGGCCAGCCGGGCAUGCCCCGGGACCCCUGGGACCUGCCGGUCGGCCAGCGACGCACCCUGCUGCGCCACGUCCUCGUCAGCGACCGCUACCGCUUCCUCUACUGCUACGUGCCCAAGGUGGCCUGCUCCAACUGGAAGCGCGUGCUGAAGGUGCUGGCGGGAGCGCUGGGCAGUGUGGACGCGCGGCUCAAGAUGGAUCACCACAGCGACCUGGUGUUCUUGGCCGACCUGCGGCCCGAGGAGAUCCGCUACCGCCUGCAGCACUACUUCAAGUUUCUGUUCGUGCGGGAUCCUCUGGAUCGCCUCCUCUCCGCCUACCGCAACAAGUUCGGCGAGAUCCGCGAGUACCAGCGGCGCUACGGGGCCGAGAUCGUGCGGCGCUACCGGGUGGGCGCGGGACCCAGCCCCGCGGGCGACGACGUCACCUUCCCUGAGUUCCUCAGCUUCCUGGCCGACGAGGACCCCGAGCGCAUGAACGAGCACUGGAUGCCCGUGUACCACCUCUGCCAGCCGUGCGCCGUGCGCUACGACUUUGUGGGCUCCUAUGAGAGGCUGGAGGCCGACGCCAACCAUGUCCUGGAGUGGGUGCGCGCCCCCCCCCACGUCCGAUUCCCUGCGCGCCAGGCCUGGUACCGGCCGACCAGCCCAGAGAGCCUGCACUACCACCUGUGCAGCGCCCCCAGGGCCCUGCUGCAGGACGUGCUGCCCAAAUACAUCCUCGACUUCUCCCUCUUCGCCUAUCCUCUGCCCAAUGUCACCAGGGAGGCCUGUCACCAGUAACCAUGGCCAUCUGCCAGCAGCUGUUGGCUACAUGCUGCUGCAGCUCUGAGGUGGGCUGGCAGGGAUUGCCCUUGGAAGGUCCUGUGGAUGUCCACUGUGGCACAGAAAGGAAAAAAAGGAGGUUGAAAAGCUGUAUUCCUUAUAGGGGACACUUCUUGGAGACAGUGUGAGCCUCCUUGUCCUUGGCAGAGCGAGACACUUAUUUGCCAGUGAAGCCACACAUCCCUCCCAAUGACUGACUCUUGGUCUGGCAGCCAGGAUUCAUGCGAUCCACUUGAUCUACCUUGAUUCAGUUGGUGGCUAAACCAGUCAUAAACAGAGGGGUGGCUCUGAUUGAAGUCUUUCGUCCACUGCCACUCAUUCAUUCUAUGCACCUCUGGGCUGGAGUCCCAGUGGCCUACUUGCCUUAGAAAUGACUUUGUGCCUUUCUGCUUCAGACUCAGAAUGUCCAGCACUCGUCAGCAUCUGUCUGUUUUUCUCCUUGGAAAGCAAAAGUACACUGUUGCCUGGUCACUCCAGGAGCUGGCCCUGCAGACAUCCAAAGACCCCUAUGCCUCACCUCUUCUUGAGGUCCAGGGGACCUGCUUCCCUCCCCUAUGGUGUGACUGUGGUGGAUGUAUCUGGCUACAACUGUUCCCUCUCAUUUAUUAAAAAUUUGUACUUUUUUGAUAAAACCCUUGUAAAGGCUUUGUUUUCUUGUUGGCUGAGUUUUUAAUAAAGCUGUUUUAUAUACAGA